AGUCAGUUCUCCGUUCAUACCGCAGAACCAUUCUUUGGCGGGAUCGGUUAGUCCACCGCGAGCAAGCAACCGAUACGGAUUCGAAACGCAGACCGAGGGCAAACCUUUGGGAAGUAUUUAAGUUAAGCCGCUUCCUGGUGAUAAACUCCACUACAGUUGAAACCUACGAAACUAUCCUGAAUCUGGGUAUUAUCCUGGAUGAUAUUGAAGAACUUGUGACGGUAAAAAAUCGUUGUGAAUCAGAGCGCGUGUAUUUCAGUCGGGUACAGUAACAUUCAAGUUGAGUACAAGUGUAGGCAAUAGUGAUGAAGAUUUAUGGCAUCGGUCACUAAGCGUCACUAAGACGAUGUGUAAUACAAGCAGUGAGGUAAUAUUCAAUUAGAAGAAAAGAAGGAAACGAAAUGUGGCCUUUGAGCUCGGUCGGAAAAAUUUAAGAAUGAAUUAAAAACAGUGCUAUCAGAAGAAGAAUUUCGUGAAUUUUUCGUUUUUGCGUCUGAGUGAUUUUCUGCGAGCGUGAAGACCAAAUAAUUCGAGGGGUCAACCAGUGUCGAACGGUAGACAACGUGGUUAUUUUUAGCACUAUAAUGAAACCUCUUAGCCGUUAGUGAUUUUACCGAAAAACGUCAGAAAAAAGAAAAGCUGUCAAUCAAACUUUCUCAAUCAACAAGAAUUCGACUACAAAGCAGAAGAUUUAGAGGUCGAGUGAGCGCUGCAAGUUUUUUUUCGAAAACAAAAAGCGAUACAAAGUUGCAUUCGAGUGCGAGUGGCUAAAGUGGAGGGCGGUGCUAAACAGGAAAGCCGAAUCUCGCUUGGAACAGCGCGAUGGUUGUCGGUAACCAGACGCAACAUCAGACUCUGCACGUGAUGCUGGAUAGAAAAGUCCGAUAGACAAAAACAACCAGUGUGAACUAUUUAUAGUUGUUUGACGAAUCCACAGAGGGAAAAACUCGAAAAUAGACCAUCAAAAUCACAAUCUAGGUCGUGCAUAAGCCAAUAAGCGGAGAAGACACCUGAACCCCUUGAUGAUCAAAUUUCACCUGGAAGAUCAGCAAAGCAACACAAAAUGUCGUUUUGUCGCAUCACCGGCAAAUGCCGGUCUUUACCGAAGCCAAACUACUUCCCUAUGCUUCCACCGAUUUCACCUGCAGAUGCAAAACGAUUCUGCCGUGUUACAGGCAAAGCAUAUGGACUCCCAUCGCAUCACUUUAUUCCGGUCAUGCUGAUCAAAUCUUCUGGCAAAGCAAAAUGCAAAGUCACCAACGUAUCUGAUCAGCUCGAUCCACAUCAUUACUAUCCCGGUAAUUAUGGAAGCCGAAAGCAUACCGUUGUGUGCCAAUUCCGAUACGUAUUUCCUGUCUUGGACGAUCAAGACGAAGCGCAAAAGAACCUCACAAAUAUUCUGGUGCAAAAGACGAAAUCCAUUGAACAAAGUCUUUACGUUUAUAAAGUUGACGAGCGCAAUUUUGGGUUGGUUUUUCCUGCAAAACUUGAAGCAGCUGUACGCGACGGAGAUGUACGCGACGUUAUGCUGGCAAAGGAGUCGGACAAACUGCUCAUAAAACUCAAAAAAGGUAACAGCAUUUCCGUUAGUCUCAGAAACGUCGAGCAAUCUGAUAUGGAAAAUCUCUACGAAGGCGAAGGACCGCGAGAAGAUGUUAUCAAAAUACGAGAAAUCGAAGAUGCAAAGCGUCCCAAGCCGAAAGGCAAAUCUAAUCUUACCAACAUCGCCAAUAUCUUCGAAGAGAAGGAAAAGAUUCAAGAUCUCAAGGAAGAAGAGGAACAGAAAUUUAUUGAAGCUCAUCGCGAAAAGGCAGUUCGACUGGCCGAUGAACGUAGGGAACGUCAACGUGAAGAAAACCAAAAAGCUUUGAAACUCAAUGAACAUCUCAUUGAACAAGACCCCGAACUCAACGAUUUAGUCAAACCCAUGAUCGAAUCGUGGGACUGGAGUACUCUGGCAAAAGAAGCAGCCGAUACUGGCACCUCUACCAACUCAAUUAAAAUCCUACCAGAACCUCUCCAAAUCACACCGGUUAAUCUACAGCCGAAACACUUGCAAGUUGAUCACGCCGUUUUGGAGAAAUCAUCCGGCAUGGAAGCGGCUUCUUACGUAGGAACAAUCACACCUGCCAAGGUUGAACUGAAAAUCGAACGCACGAACGCCAUUAAAUCCCUACCCCCGGAACUCCUCAACGCUCUAACGAACGUAGAGGAGAAACUUGCUGCUCAAGCCGAUAUGCUGCCACACUUGAACGAUCUUGCCUCCGUGAUCACCCGUCUUCAGGACUCUCAACCGACGGAAGUUGACGGAGUGCCCGGCAUCAAACUGGUCGUCAAUCACCAGGAAGUGUUUGUGCCCGGCCAAACCCUGGUCAUCAACAACAAGCCGACGUUCAUUCCUGGCCAAACCGUGGAAAACCAAAAUGGUCUUCUCGAGUUCGUUCCCGGUGUUACGAUCACUUCCCACGACACAGGAGCUAUCCAGUUCAUUCCCGGCGAAGUUGCUCUUACCAAGGCCGGUAAACCGCAAAAUUUCGUCGCCGGAAAGGUGAUCGAUGGCAAGUUUGUAUGCGGUCAAAUGUUGACCAUCAAUGAUGAACCUCAAUUCGUGCAAGGUCAAACGAUUGUCACUCCCGAAGGCGUGAGUAAGUUCGUUGCUGGAGUGGUUGACGAAAAAACUGGAGAAUUCAUCCCAGGGCAAAAUAUCGAAACGCCACAAGGGGUAAAGUUCGUCCCAGGCCAGACCAUAACAGUUAACGGCAAGGAGAAAUUUAUUCCGGGUCAAACAGUUAUGAAGAAUAACAAAGAGAUGGUUUUCGUACCGGGUCAAGCGGUGGUCGAUGAGAAGGGUGAAUCGAAGUUCGUUCCUGGCAAAACAGUCGUCACGACAGAAGGAUCUAAAUUUAUUCCCGGACAAUAUGUUGAUGAUACGUUCGUACCUGGAAUAUCGGAAGGUGACAAAUUUAUUCCCGGAGUCAAUAUUGAAACAAAAGAAGGUUCAAAAUUCGUUCAAGGCCAGAUUGUUCAUACCAAACAUGGUGAUGUAUUCAUGCCAGGUUCGACAAGCACCAACGAGAAAGGUGAAGUUCAAUUUGAGUUAGCUUCAACGAUCGAUGCUGUUAAAUUCAGUGAAGCCUCCCCUGUGGGAAUGGUAAUGGACAGUGACCAUAUGAAGGUCAUGGAACCAACGCUCUGUGUAUUCGGACACAUGGUUCAUAAUGAAGCCGGGGUUGAGUUCUAUCCUGAAAAGAUUAGAAAGGAAGAUCUUCCACAAGGGAAGAUCGUUCCCGGAAAGUUGAUCAAACAAUCGGCUCAGACCAAAUUCAUUCCUGGAAUCAACGUGGAAGAUGGUUUUAUUCCCGGUCAGGUCGUACAAACCGACCAGGGUGAACAAUUCGUGCCAGGGCAAGUGAUUGAGACAUCCGAAGGACUCAAGUUUGUCCCAGGUCAGAUAGUCGAAACCAAGAACGGUGCAAAAUUCGUUCCGGGUCAAACUAUGCAAACCGUAGAUGGACCAAGGUUCGUACCGGGUCAGAUCAUCAACACCAAAGCUGGUCCAACUUUUAUUCCCGGACAGGUGAUCUGCACGGAUGACGAUGGAGAGAAGUUUGUACCAGGUCAGGUCGUCGAUACCGAUGAUGGUCCCCGUUUCGUCCCGGGUCGAGUGGUAGAAACUGAAAACAAGGUCACCUUCAUCCCAGGUAGAAUUGUUCAGACUGCUGAUGGUCCAAAAUUCGUCGCACCGGAUUUGAAGGAUACGGAAGAUGGCGAUGAAGAGUUCUUGGUACAGAGUUUCGCAGUGACUCCAGAGGAAUUAAAACUUUUGAAGCCAACACAGAACUCCGCAACGUUCCAAGAAUCAGAAAGCGCAGUAAUUUUAACAUUGGAUACCGGUAUGCUGCAGCAACUGUCGGAAGCCGGUAUGCACGUCGGUCGACAGGUUGAGGCUUCGGCUGUGGAUUAUGUGCUCGAAAGCACAAAAGAACGAAAAGCCUUGCAGCAGUUCAUAGCGGAGCACAACAUCCAAAAUGGCAGUAUGGAUGUUCUGGAAAACUUGUUCGAUGGGUUGAAGGCCGUUUGUAAACGCGUUGACUUGGAAUCUCUUCAAUACGGUUCAGAGGAUGAUAAGUUGGUAGACACAUCCGUUUGCAAUGGUUCGAUUGGAGCAGUCGAAUCCUUAGCGACUAACCUGGCUAUCAUUCUGGCGAAUACGAGCGAUCCUGAAAAAUGCAAUAUGUACGAGGUGAUAGCCGAUGCGAUUAAAAUUUCAAGCGGUGAAUACAGUAUUGAAGAGUUACAACACGUGAUGGGGACUCCAGCGGCAGUGGAUUAUCUUGCGGGAGUGGUGAACAAAACGAUCGUUAAGAACAACAUAGAUCAGAAACUGAAAACAAUUACGGCGCUUGUCGACGAUGGGGUUGGAGGGAGAGAAGUUAGCGUAGCCCCUCCUAGUGGUGCAAUUGAAGAAUUCUGUCAACUGAUGGACAACGAUCGGAUGUCGGAAGCAUUCGUCAACCUGCUGAAGAAGGACGAGAAUUUGUUUAGAUCGAUAGUAUCAGGUUUGAAAACAUCAGGUGUGGUUGAGGGUAGUGUGAACAUAUCAGAAAUUCUUCAAGCGGCAGUUGUGGACAGCAUUCAAGAGAAGGCGCAAGCGGCACUUGUUGAUCUACUGAAUGAACCGAAUAGGGAUCAGUUAACCGCGUUACUCAAGAAAUCCGAAGGGUUAGCUACGGCUCUAGGAAAGAGCAAAGAAGCCGAAGCUUUGGAAUAUUUGCUAACACAUUCGGAAGCGUUGAAGGAUUUGAAUAAAGAAGAUGAGUUGUUCACAAUCAUCAAUAGGGUGCUGAUCAUGGAAGAGUUGGCUGAAGAUGAUGACGAAUUCCGUGAACUGAUUGACAGUCUGGAAAAGACUCCUGCGCAUGCAACCAAGAGUGACAAGCUCAGGGAACUGAUUCGACAAAGUGGUGCUCUCUCAUUUGCUCCUACUAAGCAGCAAACAAUCGAAUCGUCCAAGGACGUGCCACUGUCGCUUUUCUACACCAACAACCAGCUAGCUAUCGAAGAGUUCUUCCUUAAGAGUGGACAAAAUCAACGGCACUGCCCGAAAGCUUUCCUCAUCAUCAAACGAGGCAUUCAGGCGGUGAUACCUCGCGAGUCCAGCCACGAAGUGCUUGCGGGUAAGAUAGCUUACACCGUGCUGGACGAGCACGGCAUCCACCAAUUCCAACCGAUGAACGUUUUGAACGCUCUGAAAAUCACGCCACGGUUCUUGAACCGCUUUUCGAUGUACAACUGUGAUAUCUGCGAGGAGCCGGAUCUGGACACGCUGAGCAGUAGUAGCAGCUACGGUGACGCCGAUGGGGACAGCGAGGGACAUCACUACAGUCCACGUCGGCCACUCUCGCGGAAGGGUUCGCUGUACUGCAGCAGCACCCGGAGGGGCGAAAGGCAGGACUCGCCGAUCCAGCACUACCAACAGCGGCCGCCAACGGGGAUGAUGACGACGAUGCCGAACGGUUAUCACGAACGGUAUGCGUAUCACAUGGAUAAUGUUAAGACUCUUCCGAUGGCCAUGCGGAUAGCGAUCAAGGCCUCCAUCUCGCGAGAAGCACCGAUCAUCAAAUCGUCCAGUCGGGACUACCUUCAUCGGUCAUCAUCGUACUCGCGGCUAAAGUGAAACCACCAUUGCCGUUCCCUUCGCCCGGGGAUGAAUCAUAGGUUUUUUUUCGUUAAGUUAGGUCUUGGAAUAAGGAACAGUGGUAUCCGAGUGAUUAGUGAUAGAAAAUAAACAUUGUAAAUAUUAAAAUAAAAUAUGCUUAAAACCAUUUGAAUCAAGGUCAAAUUCAAAACUUGUAAGUAAAUGUUUUAUUGCAGGCAAUAAAUAUUUUAAAAUGAA